AUGGAGGAGGAAAACUGGCAGAGAGAUUUGUGCAACAUGGAGAUCUCUGGGGAAGGGAAGAAGCUUGUCCUCUCCUCUGCCAACGAUAGAAGAAAAGCAAUGGUUAGGGAUAAAGUUGCAGGGAGAGUUUUCACUGUCCAAGUCAAUCUCUGUUCGGAGAUGCUUUG